AACGAUCAGUUCGCUUUGAGCAUUGCUACGCGUUGGACGCGAUCUUCGGAAAAUUGUGAUUCCUAAACGAAAAACGAAACGACUGAUACACCACUACAUACAACAAGAUAUUAACAAGUAAACGACUAAAUAAAAAAUAGCCACAUAAAAAGAGAGAAAAAAGUGCAAAAAAAUACCGAAAACACUGAAUAUUUUGAUCGAGACAGUUUCAGAUUCUGUGCUUGCGUGUUUUAGUUGAGAUUUUGCGUGGAAUAAAAACUGUGUGCUAGUGAUUUCGAGUUAGCUAUUUAACAUAUUUUUCGCAUUUUGUAUUAAAACAAUUGACGUGUGUGCUGCUUAAUUUUGUGCGAAACGUAAAUACACAUCAUCUGUGAUUUAUAGAAGUAAUAACAUUUUUUACAUUUACUAAUUUGUGCCCAGUUAAGUAUUUGGACCUGCGGGUUUUAAAAAUUUAUUAAAAUGGUCUCGAAAGGUAGCAAAAAGAAACAGCAGCAAGUAAGUGGAAGUAAAAAUGCUGCAAGCAGCAGCAAAAUCACAUCUAGAUCCUCGACAACUAUGCAACGUACUGCAGGCGUUGGCACAGACUCAGCAUCAAACAGCAAGUCUGUGUUAGAAGUCACUCCGUCAUCGUCGAACUCGACUCAAUCGCCUACGUGGACCAAAACUUCACAGCAGGUACAAAAAUCCGAAUCGACAGCGAGCAGCGAAUCAAUGCAUGCAACCACACACGCAGGCACGCAGUCGCAAACGCAAUUAUUCAAGAGCAGCAGUAGCAGCACGAGUCACAUUGAGUCGAGGUCAGAGCAAAUUGGGCAAAAGGAACAAGAAAUAUUUCAGAUUGGCAGCGCCGAUAUAACACCACUGGUUUCCACAAUGACCGACACAUUAAAAUCGACGAAAGCAUCAUCAUCAUCAUCCUCAUUUCAGCAGAAAUCAGAAUUUUAUGAAGAGAUCUCGGGCGAUUACUCGAAUUCAAAAAUUAUAUCCUCCAUCGAUCUGCUUGAAAGUGAUAGAAAAGAGCCUGUUUUCUCGGUGCCGAUCGAUGUCGUUGAGAUUAUAGGGGGCAGUAGUUCCAGCGUGGGCAGUUUAAACAAAGCGUACUCCUCCUCUUCCCAGUCACAAACCGGCGUGAUGUCCAGCAUCAGCAGUUCCAACGUAGCACAAAUGCAUUCCGCCAACAGUAGCAGUAAGGUCAUUGACGGUGGAAUUAUGAUCAGCGACAUGUCUACGGAAAACUCGAAGUCGUCCUUGUCUAUGUCGAGAACAGAAAAGUCGGGCAAAGUCACAUCCAGUAAUGUUGAAAUGACAUCAUCGUCAAACAAGUUUUCAGCGAAUGAUGUGAGCAGCAGUAGCACCGCAAUCAACAGCCACACGUCGUACUCGACGAUUGAUGGUCGUGCCAUUAAUGGUGACACAACACCAGCAAUAGCGCCGCCAAUUACAUCGCCUACAACAGGCAAGAAGACUUCAAUGGCAUACACAAAAGAUACACAGAGGGCAGUCGAUGACGUCUCCAAUUCCACCAGCGCUGCCGCAAGUCAGAGCUACUCAAGCGAAGCUAAUACGUCACUGAGUAACACAGCGAAAACUAUGAAGAGUGACGUCGUAAGUAGCCAGCAAUUGGCUUCCAAAAAGUCAACAAAAACGUCCUCCGUUACAGAGCAAAAUAUAUCUGAGGAAACAAUCGAACUAAGCUCGCUGAAGAAAAGUAAAUCAACUUCAAAGAAAGAGGUGUACGAUGUAAAAACCAAGAGAUGGACAGAGCUCAACGAAAAGACCGGCACUAGCGUUUCCAACAAAAAGCAUCCAACCAUUGAACGUUACGUUAGCCGCGAAUCCGAUGGCACAUACAAAAUUACUUACAAGAAGAAAAUAUUCGAUCAGCGUGCAAACAAGUGGAAAAUCAUUGAAGAGAAGACGGUGGACAGUGCUCAUGACACUCAUUACCCCGAAAUAGUUGAUGAUGUCAUCAAUACGACGACUACAACGUACACAACAAAAGUGUAUGACACCAAGACCGGAGAGUGGAAAAUCGUUGAAGAGAAAUCUUUUGUGGACGCAAAAGCUUUUGUGCCAAACGACAUUGUUCGUGAAAUCGAAAAAGACAAUACAGAUGUGGCGAAUAUAACAACGACAACCGAAGUAACUAAGAUAUUUGACGCUAGCCUGAACGACUGGCGGGUACUAGAUGAGAAAACGCAUACCGAUGUUAUUGAGAGAAUCGUUGAAACGCCCAAAAAGACAAUUUAUGUAGACGAGUAUGUAGAAAUCGAAAAGAAUGUAGAAAUAACGGAAGACAGUGAAAAUGUUACCAAUAAAAGUACUAACACAUCAAAGAGGAAGGACAUUACCACAAAUGUAUACGAUGAAGUUGAUGAGGUUAGGAAAGAAAGGCUGACUUCAAAUGACUCAAAAAUCCGUGGAGUCGAUAGAAAGGAAUCAUUUGGUUCAAAACAUACGGAAAUGUGCAUUUGUGAAAUUUGUACGUGUGGACGUCAUCACUGUACCUCAAGUGUGAAGCAAACAGAUACUAUUUUGGAGACUACAGAUUUGUUGGAUGAGUCAGAGGCACGUAUACGUUCCAACACUUGGUCUAAAAAAGACCUUGAAAAAUCUCGUUUAAAACUAUUAUAUGAUCUCGGUGAUCAAGCCACUUUGAUUAAGCCGGUGGAUAAUUUAAAACCUGAAGGAGAAUUUACAGUUCCGGAAAAAAUUUCAUUCCAGCCAUCACAGAGAACUAAAAUUAUAACUCGUAAUGAUAACCUGCGUACGGAAGGAGAAAUGACCUUUACCGAAAAGGAGGAAUAUCAGUAUGUAACAAGACCUGUCCAAGUUAGGCCUAUCGACAACCUAAAGCCUGAAGGUGAAUUCUAUGUGCCAGACAAGGCAAAGUACCAACCAGCAGAAAAAUCUAUUCAAAUAAAACAUAAAGAUAAUCUAAAGCCCGAGGGAGACUUUUAUGCUCCUGAAAAGCAAGGUUAUCAGCCCACUGAACGUCCAUUACAAAAAAAACCGAAAGAUAAUUUAAAACCGGAAGGCGAAUUUACGGUCCCUGAAAAGAUUCCAUAUGAGUCAGCAGAACGGCCAACGCGAAUUAAAAGAAUGGAUAACCUUCGCACCGAAGGCGAAAUGACAUUCGAAACCAAAGAAGAAUAUCAUUCCAUUGUAAGGCCUGAUCAGGUUAAACCUACUGAUAAUCUAAAGCCAGAAGGAAAGUUUUACAGUCCGGAGAAGCCCAAAUACCAGCCAGCCGAGAAACCAACGCAAAUCCGGCAUACAGACAACCUUAAACCCGAAGGCGAGUUCUACACCCCUGAAAAGCAUAGUUUUAUUCCUGCUGAUCGUCCAACGCAGAAACGACCAGAGGAUAAUUUAAGACCUGAAGGUGACUUUUACGCCCCAGAAAAGCCAAAAUUCCAAUCAGGAGAGCGCCCAUCCCAAGUAAAAUACGCAGAUAAUUUGCGACCAGAAGGUGAAUUUUACACUCCCGAGAAGCCUGAAUAUAAGCCUGCCGAGCGUCCAAUGCAGAAAAAACCAGAAGAUAACUUGAGACCAGAAGGCGAGUUUUACACACCUGAAAAGCCAGGAUUUAGGCCAGCGGAACGCCCAAUGCAAACGAAGCCAGAGGAUAACUUACGACCCGAAGGUGACUUCUUUACUCCCGAAAAACCAGGAUAUACACCUGCUGAACGCCCCACACAGAAGAAACCAGAGGACAAUUUGCGGCCGGAAGGCGAAUUCUACAAACCAGAAAAAGUCGGCUUCCAGCCCGCAGAGCGCCCAACACAAAAGAGGCCGGUGGAUAAUCUAAGACCCGAAGGUGACUUUACGGCACCAGAAAAGAUCCCAUAUAGAUCUGCCGAGCGGAUUGAGCGUGUUAUAAGAAAUGAUAACUUGCGCUCAGAAGGCGAAAUGACGUUUGAAACAAAAACGGAAUAUCAGUUUGUAAUAAGACCCGAUCAGGUGAAACCUACUGAUAAUCUUAAGCCAGAGGGAGAAUUUUAUACUCCAGAAAAACCAAAAUACCAACCAGGAGAGAAACCAAUGCAAAUUCGGCACAUAGACAACUUGAAGCCAGAAGGAGAGUUUUAUACUCCCGAAAAAUCUAGUUUCAUACCUGCUGAGCGUCCAACUCAACAGCGCCCGGAAGACAACUUGAGGCCAGAGGGUGAAUUUUAUGCCCCAGAAAAACCAAAAUUCCAACCUGGAGAACGUCCAUCGCAAGUAAAAUAUGCAGAUAAUUUGCGACCAGAAGGUGAAUUUUACACACCUGAGAAGACAGGAUUUAGGCCCGCCGAACGCCCAACACAAAAUAAACCAGAGGAUAAUCUACGUCCAGAAGGUGAGUUCUACAUCCUUGAGAGGCCGACGUAUCGGCCAGGGGAACGCCCAACUCAAAUCAUACCGGAAGACAAUCUGCGACCUGAGGGUGAAUUCUACACUCCUAAGAAGCCUGGAUAUAAGCCCGCGGAGCGACCUGUACAGAAAAAACCGGAAGAUAACCUGAAACCAGAAGGUGAAUUUUACGCACCUGAGAAGCCAGGAUUUAGGCCUGCCGAACGCCCAACACAAAAGAAACCUGAAGAUAACCUACGUCCAGAAGGUGAGUUCUACACCCAUGAGAAGCCAAAGUUUCAACCAGGCGAGCGCCCAACUCAAGUCAGACCGGAAGACAAUCUGCGACCUGAGGGUGAAUUCUACGCUCCUGAGAAGCCUGGAUAUAAGCCUGCAGAGCGACCUGUACAGAAAAAGCCGGAAGAUAACUUAAGACAGGAGGGUGACUUCUACACACCUGAGAAGCCAGGAUUUAGGCCCGCCGAACGCCCUGUACAAAAGAAACCUGAAGAUAACCUACGCCCAGAAGGUGAGUUCUACACCCCUGAGAAGCCGAAGUUUCAGCCCGGGCAACGCCCAAAUCAAAUCAGACCGGAAGACAACCUGCGACCUGAGGGUGAAUUCUACGCUCCUGAGAAGCCUGGAUAUAAGCCUGCAGAGCGACCUGUACAGAAAAAGCCGGAAGAUAACUUAAGACAGGAGGGUGACUUCUACACACCUGAGAAGCCAGGAUUUAGGCCCGCCGAACGCCCUGUACAAAAGAAACCUGAAGAUAACCUACGCCCAGAAGGUGAGUUCUACACCCCUGAGAAGCCGAAGUUUCAGCCCGGGCAACGCCCAAAUCAAAUCAGACCGGAAGACAACCUGCGACCUGAGGGUGAAUUCUACGCUCCUGAGAAGCCUGGAUAUAAGCCUGCAGAGCGACCUGCACAGAAAAAGCCGGAAGAUAAUUUAAGGCCAGAAGGUGACUUCUACACACCUGAGAAGCCAGGAUUUAAGCCUGCCGAACGCCCAACACAAAAGAAACCUGAAGACAACCUACGUCCAGAAGGUGAGUUCUACACACAUGAGAAGCCCAAGUUUCAACCAGGCGAGCGUCCAACUCAAGUCAGACCCGAAGACAAUCUGCGACCCGAGGGUGAAUUUUACGCUCCUGCGAAGCCGGGAUAUAAGCCGGCGGAGCGACCUGUACAGAAAAAACCGGAAGAUAACCUGAAACCAGAAGGUGACUUUUACGCACCUGAGAAGCCAGGAUUUAGGCCCGCCGAACGCCCAUCGCAAAAGAAACCUGAAGAUAACCUGCGUCCAGAAGGUGAGUUCUACACCCAUGAGAAGCCCAAGUUUCAACCAGGCGAGCGUCCAACUCAAGUCAGACCGGAAGACAAUCUGCGACCCGAGGGUGAAUUUUACGCUCCUGAGAAGCCUGGAUAUAAGCCGGCGGAGCGACCUGUACAGAAAAAACCGGAAGAUAACCUGAAACCAGAAGGUGACUUUUACGCACCUGAGAAGCCAGGAUUUAGGCCCGCCGAACGCCCCACACAAAAGAAACCUGAAGAUAACCUACGCCCAGAAGGUGAGUUCUACACCCCUGAGAAGCCGAAGUUUCAGCCAGGGCAACGCCCAACUCAAGUCAGACCGGAAGACAAUCUGCGACCUGAGGGUGAAUUCUACGCUCCUGAGAAGCCUGGAUAUAAGCCUGCAGAGCGACCUGUACAGAAAAAGCCGGAAGAUAACUUAAGGCCAGAAGGUGACUUCUACACACCUGAGAAGCCAGGAUUUAGGCCAGCUGAACGCCCAAAACAAAAGAAACCUGAAGAUAACCUACGUCCAGAAGGUGAGUUCUACACCCAUGAGAAGCCCAAGUUUCAACCAGGCGAGCGUCCAACUCAAGUCAGACCGGAAGACAAUCUGCGACCCGAGGGUGAAUUUUACGCUCCUGAGAAGCCUGGAUAUAAGCCGGCGGAGCGACCUGUACAGAAAAAACCGGAAGAUAACCUGAAACCAGAAGGUGACUUUUACGCACCUGAGAAGCCAGGAUUUAGGCCCGCCGAACGCCCCACACAAAAGAAACCUGAAGAUAACCUACGCCCAGAAGGUGAGUUCUACACCCCUGAGAAGCCGAAGUUUCAGCCAGGGCAACGCCCAACUCAAGUCAGACCGGAAGACAAUCUGCGACCUGAGGGUGAAUUCUACGCUCCUGAGAAGCCUGGAUAUAAGCCUGCAGAGCGACCUGUACAGAAAAAGCCGGAAGAUAACUUAAGGCCAGAAGGUGACUUCUACACACCUGAGAAGUCAGGAUUUAGGCCUGCCGAACGCCCAACACAAAAGAAACCUGAAGAUAACCUACGUCCAGAAGGUGAGUUCUACACCCAUGAGAAGCCCAAGUUUCAACCAGGCGAGCGUCCAACUCAAGUCAGACCGGAAGACAAUCUGCGACCCGAGGGUGAAUUCUACGCUCCUGAGAAGCCUGGAUAUAAGCCGGCGGAGCGACCUGUACAGAAAAAACCGGAAGAUAACCUGAAACCAGAAGGUGACUUUUACACACCUGAGAAGCCAGGAUAUAGGCCCGCCGAACGCCCCACACAAAAGAAACCUGAAGAUAACCUACGCCCAGAAGGUGAGUUCUACACCCCUGAGAAGCCGAAGUUUCAGCCAGGGCAACGCCCAACUCAAGUCAGACCGGAAGACAAUCUGCGACCUGAGGGUGAAUUCUACGCUCCUGAGAAGCCUGGAUAUAAGCCUGCAGAGCGACCUGUACAGAAAAAGCCGGAAGAUAACUUAAGGCCAGAAGGUGACUUCUACACACCUGAGAAGUCAGGAUUUAGGCCUGCCGAACGCCCAACACAAAAGAAACCUGAAGAUAACCUACGUCCAGAAGGUGAGUUCUACACCCAUGAAAAGCCCAAGUUUCUACCAGGCGAGCGCCCAACUCAAGUCAGACCGGAAGACAAUCUGCGACCCGAAGGUGAAUUUUAUGCUCCUGAGAAGCCUGGAUAUAAGCCUGCAGAGCGACCUGUACAGAAAAAGCCGGAAGAUAACUUAAGGCCAGAAGGUGACUUUUACACACCUGAGAAGCAAGGAUUUAGGCCGGCCGAACGCCCUAUUCAGAGGAAGCCUGAAGACAACUUGAAGUCAGAGGGUGUGUUUUAUACUCCACAGAAAUCGGAAUAUGUCCCCGCUGAACGUCCCACUCAGAAGAAACCAGAAGACAACUUGAGGCCGGAGGGGGAAUUCUACAUACCAGACAAGCCUGGCUAUCAAGCAGCAGAGCGCCCAGCUCAAAAGAAACCGCAGGAUAAUUUGAAACCAGAAGGUGAAUUUUAUACUCCUGAGAAACCCGAAUUCAGACCGGCAGAACGUCCCAGACAAAAGAAGCCAGAAGACAACUUGAGGCCAGAGGGUGAAUUUUAUAAGCUCGAAAAGCCUGGAUUCCAGCCAGCAGAACGCCCAGCGCAAGUCAAACCGGAAGACAAUUUGAAACCGGAGGGUGAAUUGUAUACGCCAGAAAAACCCGGGUAUCAGCCCGCAGAGAGGCCACUUCAGAGGAAACCUGAGGAUAACUUGAGACCGGAGGGUGAAUUCGCUGUUCCAGAAAAGAUUCCAUAUAAGCCAGCUGAAAAAACUGAGCGAAUAAUACGGAAGGAUAACUUGCGUUCUGAAGGAAAAAUGACAUUUGAGACUAAACAGGAAUAUCAGUUUGUGAUCAGACCAGAGCAAGUGAAACCCCUUGAUAACCUUAAGCCGGAGGGAGAAUUUUAUGCUCCAGAGAAACAAAAAUACCAACGAGGUGAGAAACCUUUGCAAGUUAGGCAUGAGGACAAUUUGAAGCCAGAGGGUGCGUUCUAUACACCCGAGAAACCGGAAUUUAUCCCCGCUGAAAGGCCAAGUCAAAAGAAGCCAGAAGACAACUUGAAGCCAGAAGGAGAAUUUUAUUCUCCAGAAAAACCUAAAUAUCAGCCAGCAGAGAGACCACAUCAGAAGAAACCGGAGGAUAACUUGAGACCUGAGGGGGAACUUUCUGUGCCAGAAAAGAUAGCAUAUAAGCCAGCUGAAAAGAUGGAGAUAAUAAUACGGAAAGAUAAUUUGCGUUCAGAGGGUGAAAUGACAUUUGAGACUAGAGAGGAAUAUCAGUUUGUUACCAGACCGGACCAAGUCAAACCUACUGAUAACCUUAAGCCGGAGGGAGAGUUUUAUGCUCCAGAAAAACCAAAAUACCAACCGGCUGAGAAACCUGUACAAGUUAGGCAUGAAGACAAUUUGAAGUCAGAAGGUGAAUUCUAUACCCCUAAAAAAGCAGAAUUUAGGCCCGCGGAACGACCUAGUCAGAAGAAGCCAGAAGACAACUUGAGGCCAGAGGGACAAUUUUAUACACCAGAAAAGCCUGAAUAUCAGCCCGCAGAAAGACCUCAUCAGAAGAGACCGGAAGAUAACUUGAGACCUGAGGGAGAAUUUACAGUGCCCGAAAAGAUAGCCUAUAAGCCAGCUGAAAAGACGGAGCGAAUAAUACGGAAAGAUAAUUUGCGCUCAGAAGGAGAAAUGACAUUUGAGACUAGAGAGGAAUAUCAAUUUGUUAUUAGACCGGACCAAGUGAAACCUACUGAUAACCUUAAGCCGGAAGGAGAAUUUUACUCGCCAGAAAAGCCGAAAUUCCAUCCAGGGGAGAAAUCAUUACAAAUAAGACACGAAGAUAAUUUGAAACCUGAAGGUGAAUUCUAUGUUCCUGACAAGCCAGAAUUCAAACCGGCGGAACGUCCCAGUCAGAAAAAGCCGGUAGAUAACUUGAAACCAGAAGGUAAAUUUUAUACACCGGAAAAGUCUGGUUUCCAGCCAGCAGAACGGCCACUUCAGAAGAGACCAGAAGACAAUUUGAAACCAGAAGGCGAAUUUUAUGCGCCUGAGCGACCGGAAUUCAAAUCCGCGGAGCGGCCAACUCAGAAGAAACCGGAAGACAACUUAAGACCAGAGGGCGCCUUCACUGUGCCUGAGAAGACCCCAUAUAAACCAGCUGAAAAAACGGAGAGAAUAAUUCGGAAAGAUAAUUUACGAUCAGAAGGGGAAAUGAUAUUUGAAUCCAGAGAAGAAUAUCAAUUUGUUUCCAGACCUGAACAGGUUAAACCCUCUGAUAACCUUAGGCCAGAGGGUGAAUUUUACACUCCGAAAAGAUCGAAGUACAUCCCCGCGGAGCGUCCUACCCAGAAGAAGCCUGAGGAUAAUCUGCGGCCAGAAGGUAAAUUUCAUGCUCCCGAUAAAUCAGAAUUUAAGCCAGGGGAUCGGCCCUCUCAGAAGAAGCCUGUUGAUAACUUGAGACCAGAAGGCGAGUUUUAUAUUCCUGAUAAACCAUGUUAUAAACCGGCGGAGCGUCCAACACAGAAAAAACCGGAGGAUAACUUGAGGCCUGAAGGUGAAUUUUAUUCUCCGGAGAAACCCAAAUUCCAACCUGGCGAACGCCCAUCGCAAGUAAGACACGUUGACAAUCUGCGACCUGAAGGCGAGUUUUAUGCUCCAGAAAAACCGGGAUAUAAACCAGCCGAACGUCCCUAUCAGAAAAAACCGGAGGAUAACCUGAAGCCAGAAGGUGAAUUUUAUUCUCCGGAGAAACCCGAAUUCCAACCUGGCGAACGCCCAUCGCAAGUAAGACACGUUGACAAUCUGCGACCUGAAGGCGAGUUUUAUGCUCCAGAAAAACCGGGAUAUAAACCAGCGGAACGUCCCUCUCAGAAGAAACCGGAAGACAACUUGAAGCCUGAGGGUGAAUUUUAUUCUCCACAGAAACCCGAAUUCCAACCUGGCGAACGCCCAUCGCAAGUAAGACACGCUGACAAUCUGCGACCUGAAGGUGAUUUUUAUGUUCCAGAAAAACCGGGAUAUAAAUCAGCGGAACGUCCCUCUCAGAAGAAACCGGAAGACAACUUGAAGCCUGAGGGUGAAUUUUAUUCUCCACAGAAACCCGAAUUCCAACCUGGCGAACGCCCAUCGCAAGUAAGACACGCUGACAAUCUGCGACCUGAAGGUGAUUUUUAUGUUCCAGAAAAACCGGGAUAUAAAUCAGCGGAACGUCCCUCUCAGAAGAAACCGGAAGAUAACUUGAAGCCUGAAGGUGAAUUUUAUUCUCCGGAGAAACCCAAAUUCCAACCUGGCGAACGCCCAUCGCAAGUAAGACACGCUGACAAUCUGCGACCUGAAGGCGAGUUUUAUGCUCCAGAAAAACCGGGCUAUAAACCAGCUGAACGUCCUUCCCAGAAGAAACCGGAAGACAACUUGAAGCCUGAGGGUGAAUUUUAUUCUCCGGAGAAACCCAAAUUCCAACCUGGCGAACGCCCAUCGCAAGUAAGACACGCUGACAAUCUGCGCCCUGAAGGAGAGUUUUACACACCUGAUAAACCGGGGUAUAAGCCUGCCGAACGUCCCACACAGAAAAAGCCACAAGACAACCUUAAACCAGAAGGCGAAAUUAUUAUGCCGGAAAAGACUGUAUUUAAACCAGCUGAAAAAACUGAGCGCAUUAUAAGAAAAGAUAAUCUUCGAACUGAAGGUGAAUUUGUGUAUAAAGAUAAACAGACAUACGAAUUUGUCAAAAGGCCUGACCAAAUAAAGCCAGUUGACAAUCUGAAACCUGAAGGAGAAUUUUAUAAGACAGAAAAGCCUUCUUACAAGCCAGGCGUACGUCCACUAGUUAAAAAGCCUGAAGAUAAUUUGAGGAUGGAAGGCGAGUUUACUGUGCCAGAAAAUGUUUCAUUUAAGCCCUCCGAAAAGACAAAACGUAUUAUAAGGAAAGACAAUCUGCAUAUGGAAGGGGAAAUGACAUUUUCCAAAAAGGAGCAAUAUCAUUAUGUCAAUAGGCCAGAACAAAUUAAACCUUCUGAUAACUUAAAACAAGAAGGAGACUUCUAUACUCCGAAGAAACCGAAAUUCCAACCAGCUCAAAAAUUGUCCCCAGUUAGGCCUGAAGAUAAUUUGAGGCCGGAAGGAGAAUUUUACACCCCUGAUAAGCCAAGAUAUAAGCCGGCUGAUACGGUCCGACGAGUUGUUCAUAAAGAUAAUCUGCGGAUUGAAGGGGAGAUGACGUUUACAGAAAAGGAAAACUAUGUCAAUGUAGAACGUCCAAACCAAGUAAAACCAGAAGAUAACCUCAGAUCGGAAGGUAAGAUGUAUAUUUCAUCCGAUAAAACAGAUUCCAAAGAACUUAAAACUAAAGUGGAAAAAGCGGUAAUCAAGCGCCCGGUAGAUAACCUGAAACUUGAGGGCACUCUUCAAAUUUCAAAACGAGAUGACUAUAACGAAAAGAGAACUUCCAAGCUGGAUACAUCUAAAAGUGUGCAGAAAACUACCAGAACAAAAUACACGCACAAUAAGUCGUCAAUAUCUCUUGGAGAGGACAGUGCCAUUCUAAAGACAACAAAUCAAAUGAGCUUUGCUUCGGGCAAACAAGCUGUUCCGAUGGCUAAUAUGAGUUCAGAAAAACCAGUCGAUGGUUUGGUUGUAGUAUCCACGAAAAAAGUUACCACUGUAAUAGGUGGUCGCGUCAAAAAAGAACCGGAAACAGAGUAUGUUAGACGACAGGGGAAAGUUAAUGUCAUCGAAAAUAUUGCAAAAACUAACAACGUUAAAAACAUAGUCAACAUUGAAAAUAAACAUGAUGAAUCAAUUUCGGUGAAGGAAAAUCGUUUUGCGAAGGAGAAAAAAGUCAUGGAUUCUGUUCGCGUUGAUAUUUCUGAUCAAACGUUCACCUCUGCAGUGACUAACGGAAGUAACACAGGAAGUAGUUCAGAAAGAAUUAUGUCUAGUGGAGUGGUGGCGAAUACCGCUGGUCCAACAAUUUCCACACAAUGCAAUUUGGAUAAACAGGAAAGCACAUCGACACACAUGAACGCUACCUCAUCUAAAAAUAUUUCUGAUCAAGCACAUUCCACACAACACAAGACCAUGUCAGCUGAAAGUGCAUCAACGAAAAUGUCAUCAAGCUCCUCUGCUACCACUAUGUCUAAACAUUUCCAUCAUCGACGAAGCGAUUUCACUGCCGACGCAAACAUUACUAAUUCAGUAUUUCAUCGAAAAACUGUUUCAAAUGAGUCAAAUCAAUUAGGUAGCCUAACGUCGAAUGGUAAGAUUCACAGAAAGAGCAUUCUGAAUUUGCACGAGGAGCCAUCCAGCUCAGUUUUUCCAAGCGAACGCCAGAGCUACAGUAGCAUACAUCGACAGAACAGGGAACAAGAUAGCAGCGCGUUGUUGAUGAGCGAACGUCGCCACUACAACACAUUCGGCCAGUCGCAAAAUAGAGAUCAGACGUCAAAGUCUUGCAAUAUUUCUAAAACGUCGCCUUCCGGUGGUAUCGAAAUUCCCCCUUACAGUAAACAUUCCGAAAGAAUUGUAACACGAAGGAAUGUGAAUCAGUCAUCUAUAUCUCUGGGGAUGGAUGGAAUUUCAUCCACCUCCUUGUAUCGCAGUGAAUAUAAGACGGUUCCAUCCACAACUUGUGCUAUACACAAAAUCAAAGAAGGUGCAUUCCAACACACAAGAAAUACGAACGAACAUAAAUUUUUUAAAACUGUCAAGAACUAAUUAGGCUGUAAAAUUUUAAGGGCAUGUAAAAAUGCGUCUUUGCAUGUACGCAAAAAAAAUUUUAAUAAAUUUUUCAUACAAGCAUAUCAAUGUUGUAACUCAAAUAUUAUAUUUACGUUCAUUUAUGUAUAUGCAGACAGACAUAUAUAUGUAUAUUAAGCAAGAGUAAUUGCCACAUAAUUUAAUAAAAUAUUCUCAAAAAAUUUACCGCUAUGGUAUGUUCCACUAUAUUAUCAUGGCGAAAUAAAUAAGUUGAAGUAAUUUGACAGCUUU